AUGGACGCGGCUAUCCCAUUGACCCUGCAGAUCUUACCAUCUCACCAGCGAGAGAGCCCAGAGUCGAAUGCUGUUCUACCACUAAAUAGGAUUGCCAGCUGUGUCCAUUCAAGCAAGGCAACCAAGGCAACCAAAGCUUCUCGAAAUUGCCGACAGCUUUCGGCCGGGAUCUGCAACCGCCCCUCACGAAGCUUACCUACCGUCACUUCACAAGGAACAGCGCUAAAGCUAUGA